ACCUUUCUUCUGCAGUGCAGCAGAACAGUUUAUUGUGGCGGACCAGCAUGGCCGCGCUCUGGAGGAGAUCCCUGUAUCUCAGUUUCCUCAGAAUUUCCUUUCGGUACCUGUCCAGGAUAAAACCUGCUGUCCGGAAAUCCCCCAGAUGGACAAGUGUCCUGGCUUCUCUCGCCGUCGGCGGAAGUCUGUGUGCUGUACCUUUUAAACAGGUUGAAAACCUCUCUCACGACUCCCUGGUGAGACGAGCAGCCUCUCUGGUGACAGACAGUUCAAGCACUUUUCUCUCUCAGGCCACUCUGGCUCUGACUGAUGCCCUCACAGAGUACGCAAAGGCUGUGCACACGCUCAUCGCCCUGCAAAGGCAAUAUUUAGCUUCCCUGGGGAAACUGAGUCCAGCAGAAGAAGAUACGAUCUGGCAGGUGAUCAUUAGCCAGCGUGCAGAGGUUGCCCACAGACAAGACGAACAGGAGCGCUUUGAACUGACCUGGGUCACCGCCGUCAGGCUGUGCGAGGCGGCGGCCGAGGCUGCGUACAUAUCAGGAGCCGAGAACGCGUCCAUCACGGUCAGGACAAACCUUCAGCUGGCCCAGUCCCAUGUAGAGGAGGCCCAGAAAGUCUCACGGGACGCAGAAAAGAAGCUGGCAGAGACGAAAGUCAUGGAGGUCGAGAGGAUGACGCAACACCAGGGGAGUAACGAGGAAGAGGAGACACCCGAGGCCUACCUGAGAGAGGACUGAAACGCACAAUCAUCAGAUCAUUUUAUCGAAUCUGUACCGACUGCUGCUUCUUCUUUUUUUCUGUCGCGUGAGAUGACGAAAGUUAAUUGUUUGUACCGAAAUUAAAAGAAAGCAUGAAAA